GCUACUUAUUUUGGUGUUUGCGGAAAGUGGGAUUUAUCACUCUGUUGUAGAAGUUAUUUCAGUUUAGCUAUUGGCUUGUGUUCGGUUCUAGUUACCGGGUGUUGUAUUCUGGGUGCUGUUGUUUUUCGUCAGAGUUUUGAAGCUUUGGUUGGGCGUCUUUUGCGAAGUUUACACAUUCAUAGGAGCGAAUCAUGGGAGAGCCUCUGGGGCUGCUAAAAGUGAUGGUUGUGCAAGGAAAAAGAUUGGUAAUCCGAGAUUUUAAGAGCAGCGAUCCUUAUGUGAUAGUCAAACUAGGCAGUCAGAUGGCGAAGACCAAGGUUAUCAACAGUUGCCUUAAUCCCGUUUGGAAUGAAGAGCUAAGUUUCUCUUUCACAGAGCCUGUUGGAGUUCUAAAUUUGGAAGUGUACGAUAAAGACCGUUUCAAAGCAGAUGACAAGAUGGGACAUGCUCACCUUAGCCUUCAACCAAUUGUCUCCGCCGCUAGAUUGAGACAGAUUCUUGGAUUUUCUUCUGGUGAGACAACAUUGAGGAAGAUAGUCCCGGGCAGUGACAACUGUCUUGCUGGGGAGAGCUCUAUCAGUUGUGUAAAUGGUGAGGUGGUGCAGAGUGUUUGGUUAAGGCUUUGCAGUGUUGAGUCUGGGGAGAUUGAACUGAGCAUCAAGUUGAUUGAUACUACUGCUGCUCCCUCAGGGUAGUUCAGAUUCUACGGUUUGCAUAGGCUUAGAUCUCUAACAAAGUAGGGGGAAGAGGUGAAUAUACAUUUGUAGUUAGGUUUACGUGAACCUCUAACCUCUGGAAGCAGCCGCUAGGCUGAAGUGAAGCCGGGUUUAUGGUUUAUGCAUAAUGAGCUUGAAGUUUCUCUCA